AUGGACUGGGCAAAUGUAUUAGGACAGAAUGCGACCAUGUUCCUUUUAGACUUUGAGAAUGUCUAUGAUAGGGUGGAAUGGGAGUUUAUUUUGAUGAUGCUAGAAGCCUUUGGAUUUCCUGUGGAAUUCUGCAAAUGGGUGAAGAUUCUCCUUAAAGAGGAAUCAGCUCAGGUAGAGAUUAAUGGUUCUCUCACUCAAAAUAUUAAGCUCGACAGGUCUAUUAGACAAGGUUGCCCUUUGGCCCCUGCUCUUUUUGUUAUUCCUUUUGAUGCCCUGUAUUAUAUCUUAAGAGAUUACACCAUUUCCCCUAAAGUAGGAGGUGUUAAACUUCCUGAUGGGUCUGAGCUGAUUAAUACCCAAUUUGCUGAUGACACUGCACUUUUUAUAAAACUCACCAAAUAA